GUUCAGUAUCAGGAAAAAGGGUUUCUUGGGUUAAAUUUUGUCCGAUUCGAAGCGAGUUUUGAAUGUUUUCGAACCUUAGUGAGAAGAAUUGAGAAAGUUCGAUGACAUUGAUAUGUCAAGCUUGUGUUCGUUCAAACUGUAGUUUAACGAUCUUAUUCGUUCAGCUUUGUUGAUACAGUUAUCUUGCCCGCUGGUGAAUUUACUCAUAUACUUGAUUUGAAAUUCAAUUUGAUUGCCGAAAAAUCAGUUCUUCUGAUUUUAUCUUAAUUUUAUUGCUCAUUACUGUCCCUCUUUUCAGAAGAAAAAUCGAGCAGCUGCAUUCAAAAUGGCUAUGCAAAUCAACAAAAUCAAGCGGAAGCUUGCGAAAAAUAAGCAUGGCGAGUCGGAACUUUUCGACGUUCAUGAUAUUAUGGAGUAUGGAUUCCCCUCGUCGCCUAGUGCAAUAGCAUAUGAUGAACAUUUGGGACUCCUAGCUCUCGUUACUUCUAGUGGAGAGCUGAGAGUCUACGGCAGAACUGGAGUUUUAGUAUCGACGACGCAUAAAGACAUCUCGGCCGUUUCUCAGCUUGUGUGGGUUCCAAACGAAGGCAGACUUAUUAGUCUGGGUGAAAAGAAAGGACAGUCAACUUUGACUUUGUUCGAGUUGAAUAAAAAAUCUGGAGUAAAAUCUGUCAUUCUGGAGGCGGUGAAAGAGUUGGUCUUGGACACGAAAAAGGCGACAAAAUGCAGUCUAGUGCCAGCAGAAGGCAAACUAUUGAUCGGAACUGAAGUCGGAGACACUUUAGUUAUGGAUGUUUCCUCGUUCGAACUCAAAGAAGAAACCAUUCAUGUAGACGUUGCAAUGCAAAGUGUACCUGAAGAUCUGAAGCUCACACCUGGAUCCGUGCAGGUUGUAGAACCCCAUCCAUCCAACAAGGAACUUGUGCUGAUUGGGUAUCACAGUGGUCUCAUGGUUGUCUGGAACCUGGAAGACAAACUGGCUCAAGGUACUUUCUUCAUCUCGUGCAGUGCUUUGGAAAGUGCCUCGUGGAUGGGAGAAGGUGAUGGAUUCGUGAGUGCUCAUGCUGAUGGCUCGUAUUACAGGUGGACUCUAAAUGCAGAGUGUCAGCCUGUACAAUCAUUCCCUUUUGCUGACCCCCUGGAACCUGCGCAGAGAAUUACAAAACUGCAACUUUACCAUUGCGAGAGAGGAGAUUUCAUGGUUUUCAGCGGAGGUCUUCCCAAAAACAUGUAUACGUCUACACAUUCAUUCACAGUACACCAUGGCGAAGCCCAGAUCAAUUACGAAACGGCAUCAAAAAUUGUUGAUUUCGAAGUCAUUUACUCUUUGGAAACUCUUGCCACUGAACCAACUGAACAAACCACUGAGGGAGAAACAGAAGAAGCCGAAAAACCCGAGCCAACAGUCGUGAGGAAGGUAUCGGCACUGGCUGUGUUGACUGAAGACGAGCUGAUCAUGAUCGAUUUGACAAGCACUGAAGGCGAAGAUGAAAAAGAGCCUCAGUGGCCUGUGUUCCGAAAGCCCUAUCUCAACUCCGCUUCCCCUAACGAUAUUACAUGCUUGUACAUCCAUGAAGAUUGUGGAGGUUUGCUUGAGAAGUUAGUCCAAAUGGGAGAUUCAAUGUUCGCUGGAAAAUCAAAGAGCGAUUGGCCAAUUUUUGGAGGAUCAGUGGAAUCGAAGGCUUCGGAGAAGCUAAACAUUGCAGUUACCGGUCAUUAUGAUGGAAGUGUACGAUUCUAUGAUGUGAACGGGGGAAAGUUUGAGUUGCUGUAUGUGCUGAAUAUGAACAAUUAUUUCCAACCGGAAGAUAUAGAUGAGGAAUCUGCAGCGAAUGAAAGCUUAGGAGACGUAAUUUUGAGAAAAGUUGGCGAAGAAUUUGGAUUGUGUGGAGAUGAUAACCGAUUUGCAGUAUGUAAAUUGUACAUCUGCCCUAAGACUGAGAAGCUGUUCAUUGGAAGCCACAGCGGUCAAGUUGUCGUUUUUGAGCUGGGAGAAACAACACCUGCCAAUAUUGAAAUCAAUGAGGUCAAAAUUGUGCCGGAUGAUGCCGGAUUCCGAUGGAAGGGAGCCCAUCCGGCCAAGCUGAAGGAUCUUUCUGCCGAGUCAUUGCCGUCUGGUUAUGUAUUGAAGACUGUCGUUCAAUGCGAACCCCCUGCUCCGAUCACCAGCAUGGCUGUUAAUGAGAAGUAUGGCCUCAUUGCAGCUGGUACAAGUCACGGAUUCGGAGUGUUUGAUAUGGUUCUUUCAAAAACUGCUUUGACCAGAAGCACCCUGGUUGAAAACGACGAAGUAGCGUCGGGCGCUAAAUUGUCCAAAUCGAAGUCGCUUCGAGAGGGUAUUAGAAACUCGUUCCGAAAGCUGAAGCCGAAAAAGACAGAAGCGACUGCUGAACCGACGGCCUCUACGCCGAAAAGUGAAGCGUCGACUAGUAAGCCCACCGAAGUGAAGUCGGAGGAUCCGAAACCGACUGAAGAAGAAAAACCAGCUGCAGAUGCUGAAAAGAAAGAAGGUGAAGAUAAAUCAAAAGAAGGCGAAGUUGAAGAGAAGAAAGAGGAACCCGAAGCAAGUGCAGAGCCUUCUCCGGCCGAAGAAACGAAACCAGAGGAACCAGAAAAAACUGCAGAAGAGCCGAAAACUGUUGAGGAAGUUAAAGAACAAGAGAAAGCUCCAGUAGAGCCAGUGGUUGCUCCUGAACCAGCUCCAGCAGCUCCUUCUGUUACUAUCAUGGAAACUGAGGAGCAAAAGGAAGGUCAGAUGGCUGCUAGAGUUGUGGAGGCGCGGGGAGAACGCCAGGAUAAGACGAUGAUGUCGACUGUUCGGUACCUGUUCUUUGCCGAUACCUUCCUCCGAAACAGCAAAGACAACUCUCCUAGUUUGUGGGUUGGAACCCACGCGGGAAGUGUGUACUCGUAUCUCAUCACCCUGCCAGAAGAACGAGAGAGUGAAGAGGCUAAAUUGAGAUUGGCUAAGGAGAUCAAACUGCUCCAUCGAGCACCUGUGGUUUACAUGAACAUUUUGGACCACAGUGGGUUCCCUCUUCCAGAUGCGUCUGCUGUUGCAGCUCAAAAGGUGUCAGCUGCGGAUAUGAGUGGCCAUCACCACCUGCUUGUUUGCUCAGAGGAACAAAUGAAGUUGUUCACUCUGCCGGCUCUAAAGUCCAAAUACAAGGAGAAGUUGACAGCUGUACAUGGACUCAAAGUACGCAAGGUCGCACCUAUUAAGCACAGAUCAGAAGGAGCCUCCUCGAACUUUUUGGCUUGCAUGCUGAAUGAUGGAAGCGUGUGUACCUUCUCGUUGCCAGCUUUGUAUCGCCAGUACAAUUACAAUCUGGUCAAUUCUGAGAACAAAAUAGCAUGCAUGUUUACGGAGUUCGACAACGAAGGGUUUGCGUAUGUGCUUCAACAGACCAACUUGGUCAGGCAAUAUGCCAUGUUUAAAGAUACAGAAAGUCCGAUGGUCGUAACGGUAGCGCUUCCAGAAGGUUGCAGACCUCUUCCACCGGUUGAAGUGGAGCCAGAACCGACACCGGCUGCCGAAACUGAAAAGGAAGAGGAAAAGGCUGAAGCAGAAAAUGCCGAAAACGUAGAAUCUGCCGCCCCUGGUGGUGAGACUGAGGAAAAGGCCGAAGACGGGGAGCCGAAGGACCUCCCAACAGUCGAGGAGGAGGCGAAGAAAAUGAUCGAUGAUGCCGAAGAUCUCAAGGACGCCGAGUUCCAAAAGCGUAUCCAAGAAGAACUGACUCCAGACAACCCAGAACUGACUACAACCACUGUGACAACUUACAGAGCGAUUGAAAGCCGAACGAUUAUAUCUUCGGACGAUGGAACUCAGUGUGCAAAGAUCAUCACCACUACUCGAGACACGACCUUGUCACUCGACGGUGAUGUUAUUACGCAGAAAACUCAGCAGAAGGAAGAGUUUGAAGUCUCGCCAUCUGAUGAGCAGCCUCCUUCUGAGGGAGCGCCGGUUGCUGAUUCCGAAGGCCAGGACAAGCAGGCUGAGGAAGUGAACGUGGAGGGAGUCGAGGACGACGAUAAAGAUCGAGAGGAGGUCACAACAGUUGUUCAAACAGUCACUGUAGUUGGCGCUGACGGAGAAGAAAGGGAAAUCGAACAUCAAACGGUGGUCGAAAAGGAUGCGGCAGAUGAGCCUAAAGAGGAGGAGCCGCAGCAGAAAUCAGGAAGUGCGACAUCAGACGAGGAGUUGAACCAGGAAUUGCAUGCUGAGGUUGAAUCACUGCCUGUCAGAACGGCAACUCUUACUGAGAACGAGACGGUCGAGCCUGCGCCUACCGAAGAAGAGUCCGCAGCUCCUGAAGACGUAGAUCAUGUGACUCAUCACAUUGGAGGUCACGAGGGCGAGGAACAAACUGAAGGCGCAGUAGAUCCUAAAGCUGACGUUGCAGUUGAAUCAGCGCCUGCGGAAUCGGAGGCUCCAGAGGAGUCAAAUGAAGCAGCAGCGGCAGAAGAAGUUAAAGAACCGGAAGCCGGGAAGGAACCCGAAGAGAAGCCAGCAGAAGAAAAGGAACCAGCUGACGGCGUAGACGGAGAGUGUUACGGCGGGUCACAAGGUCAUCUGUACUCGCCGUUGGCGGCUGAGAACAGCGAGGAGCCUAGUGAAUCGCCAGUUGCCGACGACGAGCCAGAAGAUGGUGUCACUGGAGCAUGUUACGGAGGCUCGAACGGUGCAUUGUACUCGCCUAUGGGCCGAGAGGGAACCGAAAAUGAGCAGAAUGGAGACAUAAUUUACAACGGUGAAACUGGAAAUGAACAAACCGGAGAAAGCCAAGAAAAUGGAGACAUGAAUGGCCACGAAGGAAUAAACGGACACGAAAAUGGUCACGUUGAAAAUGGAAACGGAAUCGAGGAAGCGCCUGAAAAUGUCGCAGAAACAGGAGACGUUGCCGAGAAUGGAGAGUCUGAAAAUGCGGGAGCUGACGGCGAAGUUCUGAAGAAAGCUUCAAUUGCUUCAGCUUCAGAACAGAACACUGCUUCAGAAGAAUUGAACGUUGAAGCCGCGGAAUCAAAUGAGUAAUGCGAACAUUUCGCUGUGAUUGGACAAUCGAAACAACGAUUUAAAUUGCUUCAUACAUCUUGGACGCUCAAUUUAAUUUGAUCUCAUUAGUAGAAAAACUAUUUAUUGCAAGCAUUCAGUUUUGAACUAGCCAGCGUGUACCAGAAUUAUUCAGUUGCUUAAGCAGAAUUGAUGCACAAUUAUUGAGUUUUGAAUUAAUUUAUGUAAUGUAUGUUCAAUGUGGGGAUGCAAGUUGCUCUUCUGUUCUUUCUGCAAUUUUUAAAAGGUACCUAGGCGUAUUUAAUAAUUUAUAGAUUACCAUUUUGCUAUGCUGUGUAGUUCAUAUGUUGCAGUAUCAGUUUCACCGGUAUGUCCUACUGCAGUUAUAAUUGACACCUACGAAGUCAAAUCCAUUUUGUACUUCUAAACAAUCAAUAUUUUCAGCCAUAAUAUUUUCAGUCGUAAUUUUUGUUUAAAAUAUGUCCCACUGAAAUCUCAACUUCGUUUAAUUUUCAUACCAAAUCUUUCGCUACAUUUAACAAAAAUUGAGAUCUUUUCUCGACUUUUUUUCCCGUUUUUAAGUAAUUUCACAAACAUGUUUUUAUCGUUCUUAAUUCAAAUGCUGAUCGGUUUCCUUGAAAAGAUCUCCGACUUCGUUGCUUCCCUGUUGCCUUCACAAUGUCGCUUUCUUUCGCAUUUCGUGCUUUCGUCUAGUUUUACCCACAUUGCAUUUAAAACACUGCAAAUAUUGGUCUGUUAUGUAACACCACCCUGUAUUGUGCUGCGCAGUUUGUGAAAGUAGCCUAGAAACAGAAUUUAAGGUAGCUCUAAUAUUGAUCGCCUGAUAACAACUUGAUAAUGUGGUUUCACAAGUUAUACUAGUUGUAGUACAACCUUGUAUCGAUUUGCAAAGUCAAGAUUCAGCCUAAAUUAGAAUCGACAAAGCUUACCAUUUUAGUUUGAUCACAUGGGCUGUAUAUUAUAUUUCACGAUUCGAAUAGAUUGUUCAUGCAUAGUUUUUCAUGUAAAAUUCCAUCCACCAAACACGUGUUAUGUACUGUACAGUAGAGCACUAUCAGAUAAUAGGCAACCACUUUACCCAAUGUUUCGCCGGUAACUUAGAUAUGCACAUUAGCUAUUAAAACUGAAGAAAUGUUUGGCUCAUUCAUGGUCUAUGUAUGGAUAAUUUAUGUAUGGAUAAUUCAUGGUCUAUGUAUAGACCGAGUUUAAAAAUCUUUGAGACGUUAUUCAAACUUGGCAAUGUUGCGUAACUUAAACUGAUGUGAUUUAAAGGACAUCCAAAGUUCAAGGGGUCCAAAAGGCAAGAAUGAGUCAAACUUCGGACGUUAAAUAGUCGCAAGUAAACAAAUUGUUUACUUAUGAUCUAGUCGAUCAUCUCUUCACGUUAGUUUUGCAAAUACUACUUCUAUCUACAGGAAAAUCAGUUAAAAGUUCUAUCUUGGAUGAAAUUUGAGCUGACUUGAUGAACUUAAAAGAUGGAGGAAGUUUUGAAACUGAACAUUGAACCCUAUUUUAAAUGAAAGGAAAAAACGCAGAAUGAAUUUGACAAUAAUGGUGUUUGUUGAAUUCUGAGAAGAGAUGUUCGGCAUGAUCAAAUUCUGCGUGACGUCAUCGUCUCUCGUCUACAUAAUGCAUAAAUCAUCAUUGGUGCCUGGAUUAUCAUUGGUGCCGAAUCAGUUUCUUUAUUUUUCAACGUACAGUUCCUUACUCUUAUUUAAUGAUAAAAACCAUCCAUUUGAAAUGUGAGAAGCACUAUCGGAAGCAGUUUUGUUCGUGUCCGUACCAGGUGAACAUGAACUACUUCUUUGUGUUAAGAUUUUAUAUUGAGGUACCAUAAAUUGAUUGAAUUGUCUGCGAGCCCAAACCGAUUGUUUUCAAACCCUAAGCUGUCCUAAAAUUUAAUUUAGUGCAGUUGACCGUAAACUCACUUUAUAAGAUUGUAUUGAACAAAUAAAAUAAAUUUCGAUUUGGGGGUAGACAUGUAUAUGUUGUCGUAGUGCAGUAAAGGCGUUCUUUUCAUGAUCAAUUCUUUUAUUAUAUCUCCGAGGCGUAAAACAGCAGCUAAAUGGUUGUAUUCAAAUGCCGAUUCUACUUGUUGGAUAAAAAUAACUCUCCAUAAACCCAACUUAAGCCCCGAAGUCAGCCCAGUUUAAAGAUCGUAAAUGUGUGUUAGAAUUUCCUUCCGCUUCAUUAAUUGCUGGCAUUAUAGCGCAUAAAUUCUAUUCUCUGCAGCCAGCAUGUUUUCAAUACAAUUCUUCAUUCUGACAGAUUAUUCCACCACGUGAAGAACCCUUUUGAUUACCUACGUCUAGAGAAUUUUCAUGACAUGCCAUAGCUGUAGCGCCGCGCUUGCGUCAUUUUCAUUCAUUCUGUCUAGCAUAACAAACAGUCUACUUUUGUGAAGGAUGUCAGCUCAAAAAAGUUGCAAGACGUGAACUGAAAAAUAUAUCAUGCAAAAAUAUGGCACCAAUUCUUUUUUGUCUUUCAACUAUAGUAUGCGAAUUAUUUUCAGACUUAUGUAAAAUAUUUUCUCUAUGUAAUUUGGAUGUGUUGCCUUUUAUAUGAUUUGAUUUGAUUUAGUUUGUAAUGUGGUAAAUAUGGAACGAAGUCGUCGCAACAUGAUAUGGGAAUAUUGUAGUUUUAUAUAUUUUUCCACGUCAAAUAUCAAAAAACGUUUGCAAAAUGC